AGGAUGUCUCAAUCUACUCUGCUACAAGAAGUUCAAACUUGGGAUGAGAAGAGGUGCAAAGAAGGGGUUGAUGAUGCAUUACCACAUCUCAUAUGCGACUUUACUAAUGGUACAAUGUCUGAUCAACGACUUACAAUACUAAGGGCACUGGCCUCUUCAUUUCUGCCUGUCAUCAACAUAUCGGAAUUUCAAGAUAAAGUAUUUGCAAAGGUUUUACCAACAGUAACCAAGUUAUUUGAUGACUGUGUUGACAAUAUACAGUGCUCCUUGAAAGGUUCACCCAAUGACUGCCAAGAAGCAAGUGUGGUUCCACAACUCAAAGUAUUGAUGGACAUUGUUGACAACAUGGUGUUAUUCGUUAGUUGUGCUUCUAAGUCAUCUGAAGUCAGGUUUGGCUACAUCGCAUCGCUUCCCCCAUCUGCUGUUCAUGUGGUGAAGGGAUCUUUUGAACACUGUAAGGAGAGUAACACUUUGUAUGGGGAUCUUUUUCAAGAUGUUUCCGAGCACCUGAUGCACUUGUUCAAGAAGGCACACCAACUGCAGAAGGCACUGAUGUCCUUAAUGGACCUCCUGCCACUCACCUCUGACACACCUGAUGAAUGCAUUGAGGGCUUUGUACAAGUGUGUUGUGCCUUCCAUGAUGUCUGUUGCAUUAUUGGUAAGAUGGACUCAGCACUGAUGGUGGCGACAUGGAAGUUCCUAGUAAAGUUGAUCACAAAACGCAAAGAAUAUAUGCAAUAUAAACUUGAUGUUUCAGCAAUGGUGAGCUCUCUGUGCUCUGACAUACAGAAUCACUUUGAAUCCUGCUUGGAUCAAGCCCCAAGCUCUAACCCCUCCCAUCCAUCUGGUGAUGAGAAGGCCUUUCAACGAACCCUCAAGAUCUGCCACUUGUCAGCGAAAAUGCUGGUGCAUCUUCUGAAGGAGUACCGGCAGCUUGCUAUGCUUAAACCUAUGACUCUCUACGAGAUGAUAUUGACAUUCUACAGUAAAAGUUCGCCCAGCCUUGAUGCACCAGACCUAGCCAAACAGUCACAUGAAGGUCUCAAGAACUCGCUACUAGUCUGCAUAGAGCCUAUCUUACAGUUAAUAUGCAAUGAGGCACGAUUCUGUGAAGUAGUUACAAAAUGUGAUAAUAAAGUCAGUGAUAACCAUGACUUUGCCCAGUGCAUGUUGCUGUCUGCAGUCAUGAAGCAACUCCCAUCCUGUGAUGAUGAGGCCCAGGCCAUGUGGCUGGCACCUCAACACCUACCUCAUGAUGAGCCUAGGGUUAACAUCCUAGAGGCUAUGUUCUCAUCAAUCUCUGAAUGCUACCCGGAGCUGACCCUACCUGUAGAAUUACCAGGUGAGAAAUGUGAUGGUAAGCCUCCAGAGAAUGUGAGCUUCCAUCAGUACCUGGUCACCCACAUCAGUGCUUACAUUGCCUCGGUCCAAGCCAAGCAUUUCUACCUGGUAGAGAGCGCUCUGUUAAAAUGGUGUCUCAGCCCGCACACUCAUGUGGCGUUGGUAGCUAUGGAUGUCUGGUGUUUUCUUGCAAGAUACAGCAGUGCAGAGGUCUGUAACAACCAUGUGAGGAGGUUGCUGGAAGUACUGAAUCAGGUCCCCGCAGGACACCACAGCACACAGCAUACACAUCUAUCCCUGCUAGUUGGCAGGCUUAUUGGAUUCAUGACUGCAGGACACCAGUUUCAGUUAGUUUCAGAAUUUCCACCUUCAGAAUAUCCAAAUAUAUGGAGCUGCCUCCCUCUAUUGGCAUUUGAUGAGAACACUCAAAAAACAAUUUGCGAUGACAUCAUCUCGAAAGCCAACCAGGGUAUUAGCCACUGGCUUAGUACAGAACCAAAAACACUUACAAAUGUUUAUAACCUUUGUUGCCAUGUGGCUGUGCUUAGCAAUGUCUACCAGAAUUAUGAGCAAAGUCAACCACCAAUAUCCAAGCAACAACAUUCAAGUGUUAUACAAACUGUGGAACAGUUGUGGUCCAGCCUGAACAUUGAAUGUAUAAAGGAUCAUGUUAUCCUGAUAUUGCUCCUUCAUAUAUCCUCGUGUCUCCUAAACAAUUUAAAGAACCAAACACUGAUAAAGGUUAUGGAACAGCUGAGUAGUGCUGUAUGUGCAGGGGCUGGCGCUGAUACAAGGCUGGCGAUCUCCGCAUUCCUUGGCAGCAUGGGCAAGCUGACACUCACCAACGAUGAACAGGUUGAUCAUGUCUUAUCUAGGAUAGCCAACAUGUUUUCCCUUUUUCUUAGUGAUCAAUGCUAUGUUGUGCAUCAACACGCAGUUGUCGUAUUCAGUGAAUUUGCCGAGGAAACUGCAUAUGAAUCAAUAGUGACAGACAGUUUAGCAGAUGAAAGUAUUCAAGCAAAUGUUGUGCAAUUUCUCCAUCAGAUUCCUUAUGCUGUUACUGAUAAUCAGCAAACUGAAAUAGCAAAUUUGAAACUUCAGAAAGACAUCAUUAAAGAGAAACAACUCAACAGCCAUUUGCAUAAUGUUGCUAAGAGAAAAGACAUUGGCGACACAAUAAAAACAACAGAGAAUGACGAAAUCAUUGAACCAGCCCCAAAAAGAUGCAAAGGAGAGCAAGAUGUGGAUUCUUUAAGGAGCGUCGUGACUCAACUGGAAGCAUUUGUCGCUAAAGUACAAGUCCUUAAGCAAGAUAUUGGAUCCCUUCCCAAUUGGUUUAAACAGGAUGUCAUGGACAUUGGUAAACAAUUAAUGGACAUCUGUGGCUGACAUGCCUACAUUAUAGACUUGGAAGUAAGCAUGUCUUGAUGAAGUUUGAGGCAUGAGUCUCUGUGACUUGUUAGGAUGUGGAUGCUUGAGCCUUUUGAUCAUAUUGCAGAAAUGGGCCAUGGUGAAGUUACAGGCAUGGCCUUUGGUGAACUUGGAACCAAGAGAUUUGGUGACAUUGCAAGAACUGCCUCCUUGGAUGCAUUUAGUAUUCAUUUCACUUAUAAACGUACAUAAAUACAUAGGUAAAUAAAUACAUAAGUAAUCUUUACUACUUCUUAUAAAAAGAAAAUGUAAGUGCCAAAAAAACCAAGGAGGCAGAGCCAGUGUUAGCUCGUUGAUUAUAUAAUUGAUUGAUGCAUGAUUGGUGAAUAAUCCUCGGAGUAUUUUCCUACCAUGGACCUUGAUAACUUUCAUUCAUUUUAUUUUUUCAUUCAUUCAUCAUUCGUACAUUCAUUCAUCAUUAAUUAAUUUUAAUCAUUCAUUCAUUCAUCCAUUUAUCCAUGAACUUGAAAUCAUACUAAAGCAAACUGAAAUUCAGUAAUUUUAUGUUUUUUGGGGGCAUUUUGUAGAACAUCUCGAAACACUUGAAAUCAUUACCCUGGUUUUUUGAAAUACUAUUGCACAAUGUUCAACUCUCCUCUGGGGAUUAUUCAUCAAUCAUGUAUCAAUUAAUCAAUCAUUCAAUCUGCAUUUAAUGUGGCACACAUAUCUACCCAUGAGAAAGUAUUAUGAACAUCAGAACAUUCAACAUACUAAGAACAUUCAUUUCCUACCAAGUAACUUUAUAUUCCUGACUGGAGAUUCCCAAAGGAUAUCUGUUUUUUUUUGUUUUUUUUUAGAAUCUAUUUAUAUAGCGCCUUUCUCAAUCUGAAGAAUAUGCAAGGCGCUAUUAUUUCCCUGGUCACUGGAUACAGAGUUGGCAAACCAGUACAUUUUGUGCAACUAUCUCUGCUCCCUGGGGACUAUCCCUAGCCAUGCUGCUGUGCACGCACAACCAGAGAGAGAGAAACGUAAAGUAAAGUGCUUAGCCCAAGAACACCAGCAAUACGACAAACAUCGGUCUCUGAACCCCUGACCUCACGAUCACGGAGUCUAACACUUUACACAGUGUGCCACACACUCCUAUAUUCAGUAUAAUGAUGAGUUUGGGAUUUGAACCAUAACCUUUCUGUUGAAUUCUGGAAUUGGAACUACUGUGUCACUAGUUUCUACAAAAGAAAAUAAUUAAUUAAAAUCAUAAAUAAUUAAAUAAAUUAUAUAUGCACAUAAAAAAUAGUUUGCCAGUUUUAAAUGGCACUUGAUAAUAGUGAGGCCUCUAUGUGUUUCACAUUAUUAUCACCCCGGAAAUUCAAUUAAUCGCCUAUGAAACAAAAAAUUGGCUCCCUGGUUGAGUAAUAAUAAUAAUAAUAUUAAUAACAUAACAACAAAAUAACAUAACAACGUAACAUAACGCAAUACGUAGCAUAUAUAACAUAAUAACAUAACGUUGCAGCAGCUAAUCAGUGCAUUUAGCAUUCUGUGGGUACCUGGUAGGGUUGAAACCUAAUCAGGUGUGGCGCCAGGAUUUUCCCGACGGGGGCCGACAUCCCUGACUGGCGGGCUGAUUACCCCGACGAGGAGUCAGAUUUCCCAGACGAAAGCUUCGGUUAAAAAGUUUCGAAAGUGGUCCAGGGGUGAAGCCCCCGAAAAUGUUGACAAUUUAAGUGUUUCAACGGCUUAUUUAAUAGAUUUUAGAGUUUACCAAUAUGUAGAAAAUACAUAUAAUUUUUUUUUUCUCUCUCCAACGAAUUGUGCUUUUUCUCCCUGACGUUGGGGGGGGGGGAGCUCUCCCUGAUGGGAUCCCUGGCCCCCCGCUGUUGUCACCUCUGACCCUGCCAGGUACCCACUUUCACUCCUGGGUGAAGAUACACAACUGGGUGUAAAUGAAUACAGUAUCUAAAUAAAAUUUAUAACCCAUUGAAUAGAUAAUUUUUAUUUGUCUGUUGUCCUUUGACAUUUAAGACUCCAAGCAUGAAGCUGUUGUAGCCAGACAGUUUGAGGGGAUCUCAAGAACCAUGCCCUUCACCAUAGCUUAAUCAUAAUAAUGAUGAAUAGCAUUUACAUGGAAGUUGUUGAAAUUAACCCAAACAUUUGACAUUUAGCAUGUGUUUUUAAUGUAUUGGAUUCCAGACAUCUGAUAUGCUAUAUCAUUAAAGUCUUCUCCAACCAUGGUGGGUCUGGUAAAUGACUCUUUUAGUACAUAUUAGUACUCUUUUUACAUACUUGUAAAAAGAGUACUAAUAUGUUUGAUAUUCAGAUUGACAGAUACUGUAAUGUUCAAAGAGGGUUUUUUUCACAUGAAGUGCGAUAUAAUGACCUGUCAAGUCUUCAAUUCCAAUUGUUAAAAAUAGAUUUGCAUUGAAAAUUCAUAGUGACACAUCUGAUGCCAUGAUCUCUGAAAAAAACAAUUUUCUCAUUAAAAAAUAAUUGAUAGGUAGUUAUACUGAGGAAGUCCAAAAAAUCCACAGCAGUUAACCUUGCGAUUCAUAAUUAAACUGUCUGCAAUGAACUAAUAAACAAUACACAAUAAAAUUGAUAUUUAAAUUAUUUUAUGUAAUUUAAGUAACUAAUUAGCUUACAAUAGAAAAUUAGAAUGAAAAAAUGCUUUCCUCAUUAAUGAACAGGUGUACAAAUAAUACCAUUGUUAUAUUGUUCAUAUCGAGUCAUAAAUUUGAUUAUCAUUGUAAAAAAAUCAGUAAAUUAGUCAAUAAUUAGGGGCAGAUCCAUGAAUCCGAAAUAGAAGGGGCCCAGGGAGGGAGUUCCACAGAUGGGGGGGGGGUCUAGUCUACCUCAGCCCCAACCGGAAAUAGCACUUAAAUUUUAGUAUAAUUUUUGUCUCCAUUUUUUUUAAAAUACAUUUUUGAAAAAAAUGUAGGGGGCCUCGAUCUGGCUGGAGUCCCCUCUUGAAUCUGCCACUGAUAAUAUUUGAUUCUUUUUAAUGACAAAUUCGAUUAUUUAUAAUUGAAUCUUUGAUGUAUUAGAUGAAUGAAUGAAGAAUACUGAAAAAUGAUUUGAACACAUACUUUGAAAGCCCUUUACAAUAUGUAAAGGGCUAUCAAAGUAUGGUGUUCAAAUCAUUUUUGUAGGCCUAACAAUAACAUGAAACCUUAAUACAUUAUUUAUCUCUGUACAAACUCCAUGGGAAUGAUAUAUUUCAAUAUAGAAAUAUUAGGAUGUGUAUUUUCUAGUUAAAAGUGUGAUACUAUCAUUGGUAUCAAAGAUAAUGCGCACACACCAAUUGAAUACAUUAUGACAAUUGUAAGCAAUGAGCAACUAUUUAUAGUGUAAUGUUUAUAGUUGUAGACCUUGAAAUAAAAUUCACAUUGUCGAUGC